AUGAACAGACUGGGCACAGGAACACUGUUUCAGCGACUCUUCAGCACGUCGCGCUCUGCUUGCGCACCAAAACCCAAGAAAUCGGCCGAACAGGUCCGGAACCUCCAAAGAAAGGCCGACAAGAAAGAAGCCAAGAUCGCCAGAAAUGCCAGACGUCCAGCGCAGGACAAUCCUUUGUACAUGCCUGUGCCGCUUGCGCUGCGGUAUCUACGUGCCGCCGAGGUCGGCCGUCCCACCAACGAGGCUGUGAUCACGAUCCAGACGCGGGUCGUCUCCAAGAAGGGUGUCACUCCGAUUCAGGGCAACAUCCGUCUGACACGGCCGAUCACCGACUCCCAGAUCCUCGUUUUUGCAUCGGACCCGGCCAUGCAGGAAGCCGCCCGGGCUUCUGGCGCCAAAGUAGCCGGCGGAAAGGAUCUUGUCGAGAAGAUUGCUUCGGGCGAGCUCGACCUGUCUGUGUUUGACCGUGCCGUGAGCACUCCAGAGAUGGUUCCGUCUUUGAGAGCCAUUGCCAGAAAACUGGGUCCGAAAGGAUUAAUGCCUACCCCGAAAAGAGGCACUGUCGUAGAAGACGUGUCGUCAUACAUCACCAACAACCUUGCUCUGCAGCCGUUCAGACAAAAGAACAACUGCGUGGCUCUCACCAUUGCCAGAUGCGACUUUUCCGACGAAGAGGUGGUUGGAAACGUGCUUUCCGUCUCCGACGCCGUCAGACAGGCCAUAGUCGACGCCAAGAGCAAAAACCCCAUCAUUGUCGGCCAGACUGUGCUCUCCACCACCCAUGGACCGGGCAUUGUGAUAGACUUCUGA